AUGAGCUUCUCUGCUUUCACAACGCUUCUGCCCCCCACUGGGGUGGAUCACUGCACCACAGGCUUCCUGACCCACUGCCCGGGGGACAGGAAAGCAUUGUCCGAGGAUGCCGCACUCCAUCCAUCAAACCACCCCCACGAGAUCGGGACCUGGGCAGCUGCGUCCGGGCUGGACAGAGAAGGAAACCUCCUGCCCAACCUAGUUGUCGUCAAGGCAAACAUCCUGGAAGUGUACGUCAUCAGGACUUCACAGGGGUUGAAACCAGGACUAGAGGGUGAUGAGGAGCGAGCUACACCUGCGGCAUGGUUGGAGCUGGCCUUUGAGAGCAGGCUCAAUGGAAAUGUGGCGUCGUUAGCGGUGAUCAAGUCGCGGCAGGACGACUUCACGGGGCGUCGCACGCAGCACGACGCGCUCGUGCUGGCGUUGCAGGACGCGAAGCUCAGCGUGGUGGAUUGGGACGAGGACAAACAAAAGCUGCGGACGAGCUCGCUGCACUGCUUCGAGUCCGCCAGGUGGCAGCACCUGAAGCGCGGCCUCGAGAAGUUUCCGCGGGGGCCGCUCGUGAGGGCUGACCCGCAGGGGCGCUGCGCGGCGGCGCUGCUGUACGACGACCAGCUGCUGGUCAUGAAGGCCAAGGCGAGUGGGCUGGGAUUUGGCGACGAGGAGACGGCGGCUGCGCCCGAGCGUGCAGCGUCCGUAGAAGAGACGUACUUUCUGGACCUGCGGACGGUCGGCGUGAAGAACGUCAAGGACAUUGUUUUCCUGCACGGCUACCUGGAGCCCGCCCUUCUAGUUCUCCAUGAGCCGGACCCCACGUGGGGCGGCCGAGCCGCCGUAGGCCGCUUCACGUGCGAAGCAACCGUCCUCAGCGUGAACACCACCCUGCGGCAGCACCCCCAGAUCUUCGCGGCGACGUCGCUGCCCUAUGACGCAUAUCAGGCGGUCGCCGUGCCGUCCCCUUUGGGCGGCGCGCUCGUUUUGGCAGCCAACACAGUGCACUACUUCAGUCAGACAAGCUUCCACACCCUGGCAGUCAACAACCUGGCCGGUGUGCCUGAGGGCGCGCCGGUCCCUCCACGGACGAGUUUUGAGGUGGAGCUGGACGUUGCAAGAGUAGCCUGGGUCGCGGCUGAUACGGCGCUGAUCUCAUCCAAGACGGGCGCGCUGCUGCUGCUGACGCUGGGCCACGUCGGCAGGACGGUCGACUCGCUGGAGCUGUCUCGCUCCAAGGGCGCGGUGCUGGCCUCGGCCGUGUGCCCGGUUGGCGACUCCCUGGUGUUCCUGGGCAGCCGGCUGGGGGACAGCAUGCUGCUGCAGUACGCUCGGGGGACUGCAACCGAGGCGACGACACAGCGCACCGAGGUCGAGGAGGAGGUUGGAAGUGGCGAGCCCCCGGCCAAGCGCGCGCGCUACACUGACGUCACUGCAGCCGUUGCUGACGAUAACGAAGAGCUGUCGCUGUACGGGGGAGGCGGGGCGGAGCAAGAGGACCCUAGCUCCUGGAAGAGCUUGUCUUUUGCAAUUUGCGACACCAUGGUCAACAUUGGCCCUGUGCGCGAUCUCGUCAUUGGGAGGCGGACAAAAGUCGACCCGGACGACGAGACUGCGCCGGCCAUCACUGAAACGGAGCUGGUCCUGUGCUCCGGCCACGCCAAAAACGGCGCCCUCUCCAUUCUCCAUCAAGGCAUCCGGGCGGCAGUGACGUCAGAAGUGGACCUAGGCAGCCCCUGCCGCGGCAUCUGGGCCGUCCAUUCCGAAGCAGCGGACGGACAGGAUGAGGGCGAGGCGUUCCACGACUACCUUUUCAUCAGCCUGGAAGACGGGACACGGGUGUUGAGCACGGGGGAGGACAUCGCUGAAGUGGACGAUGAGGGCGCGGGCUUCUUCACCAGCGGGCCCAGCCUGGCCGUGGGGAACCUCUUCGGAAGGGCCCGCAUUCUGCAAGUGCACGCUGGCGGCUUCGUCCUUCUGCAAGGCUCCACUCUGCAACAAGAAGUACCGCUCUUCGAGUUCCCGACAGCGCCACUCAAAGGGCAGCCGCCAGCGGAAGAGGUUCAAAUCGCGGCGGCCGCCAUCUGCGACCCUUUCGUGCUGUUCCGCAUGACGGACGGAACGCUUCGGAUUGGCGAGGGUGACGUCAGCGAGAAGGAGGUGUUUGUUGGGACGGUGUCGUUAGCGGGCGAAGCAGCGGACGGCGUCACGGCGGUGACGCUAUUUGAGGACCAUUGCGGGUAUUUCGGACGUCCAAAAACGGGCGGGGCGUCCGGUGGGAAGAAUUCGGACGUCUGUGCAGCAGUUGCGAGGAGCAGCGGGGCAGUAGAAAUCUACAAGCUUCCCGGGUUCGAGCUGCUCUACAGGAUUAUGGACUUCAUCCAGGGUCGGCGGGUCGUGACGGACCGGUCAGAUACUCUUGGGCCCGUUGAUAACGGUCUGCCGGACGUCCACGUGUCCAGCCUCGUCGUCCGGUGUUCGAACAGCAGUGCAGAGCGGGGGCCUAGCCAGCCGUUCCUGUGCGCCGUUUUAAGUUCCGGCGCUCUUUUCGCAUACCGGGGCUUUUUAAGCGGCCAGCAUGCGCAUCAGGGCAAAUGUGGGUCGCCACUUUCAGGCGCUUCUCUUGUACAGUCCGAUGAGAUCGUCAAAGGCAGUAAGCCGUCAACGGAAAGUCAUGUAAAUGCUAGUACUCCCCCGCAAAGCAAGCGACGUUUAAGGUGGGUGAGAGUUGCGCUGGCUGGGGUGAAUGCGAUGGAAGACGGAAGUACGGAUGGUGCCAAACUGAUUCCAAGCUUGACUACGUUCGAGGGGGUGAACGAAGAGCGGGGGGUAUAUAUUUGCGCGCAGCGGCCCGCAUGGAUUGUGGAGUGCCAAGGCAGGCUGCGGCCACACCCGCAGCUGUCCGACGGGCCAGUCGCUGCGUUUUCCCCCUUCCACAACGUCCAUAACCCACAUGGGUUCGUCUACUCGACGCCCACGGGUGUGUUGCGCAUUGCCCAGAUUCCAACGGAGUCCGUUUACGAUGCCGGGUGGCCGGUGAUCAAGGUCCCGUUGAAGGCCACCCCUCACAGCGUCGCACACUUCCCAGAACCUGACGUCUACGCCGUGACCGUUUCUGUGCCGGUUGAGCUCCCUUUCAGCCGGCCCCCGGGGACGCCCCCCGAGGAAGCCGCAGCCGAGGACCCGGACGGUGCUGGAGCGCGGGGGCGGCAGGGAGAGGCGGGGCCGGUAUACUGCGACCUGGAGCAAUUCGAGCUGCGAGUGCUGGCCCCCGGGAGCUGGGAGAUGCUCCAGAGGCUACCUUUGCUGCGCUAUGAACACGUGGCAGCUGCCAGCGCCGUCACCCUCAAGAACAUUACCAACGACCAGCGCGAUACGCUUUUGGCAGUGGGAACGACGUAUGUGUUGGGGGAGGACGCGCCCGGCCAGGGCCGAGUGCUGCUGUAUAGAGUGGACAAACAAGAGGACGGAGCCUGGCUGACAGCGGUGUACAAGGAGGAGCACCGCGCGGGCAUCACAGCGGUGUCGGCAGUGCAGGGCUGCCUCUUGGCAGCGGUCGGGAGCAAGCUCAUACUCUACCGCUGGGACGGACAGAGCCUGGUGACAGCGGCCUUCUUUGACGCUCCUAUGUACGUGACGAGUAUCACUGCGCUCAAGAGCUACGUGCUGGUGGGCGACUUCCAGCGCAGCCUGCACUUUCUGGCGUGGGUGGACACGCCCGCCAUGGCGCAGCUGCGCGAGCUCGCUAAGGACUACGCGCCCGCCGCCGUCGCCGCCACCGCCGCGCUCACCGACGGCAAGGCGGUCGCGCUGCUCGCCGCCGACUUCGAGAAGACCAUCCGGGUGUACGAGUACUCCCCGCCCAGCUUGCAGCUGGUGUGCAAGGCCGAGUUUUAUACCGGCGCCGGGAUCGCCAAGUGCUUACGAGUCGAGAUGACGCAAAACGCCAGGGGUCCCAAACGCCUUCGAAGCGCGUGCUUGUUUGGUACCCUCGACGGCGCACUGGCAACUCUUGCCCCCUUGGACGAAAUGACAUUCAAGCGACUCCAGGCUCUUUCUCGGCGGUUGAGCGAGACGCUUGACCACGUGGCUGGGCUUCAUCCGCGCGCAUUUCGCAAGGUCACCGACCGCUGCUCGACAAGGGUGCCACCGCCGGAGACUGUGGCAGACCUGGACGCCUUGUUUGAGUUUGAGAUGCUUUCUCAGGUAGAGCAAGCUACUCUUGCACGUCAAAUUGGAACUACUCAAGAGAGGAUUCUGGCGGAUAUGAAUGACUUGCGUCUUGGAUUGACAGUCAUCACAUAGCGAGUGAUGAAGGUCUCGUCCUAGCAAUAGCCGCUGUUGAAUCAAGUCAAUUGUGGUCGGUUGAUCAGACAUUCCACUGGUUGUGAUCGAAGACGUGACAAUCUCACAUUUGCCAGUGGCAGAGUGUCGCACUAUAAUCAUAUCAUGAACUUCGAAGGAAUUCGAGUUUCGAAAAACAAAGCUUGCCGGUGAUUUGUUGGUAGGGUUGCGGGCCAGCAAUGAUUGACCGGCGACAUCAUUGCG